AUGUCUCAAGAGUUACCGAAGAGGAUUUUUAAGGAGGGCGAGGAGACCCAAGUGACUCAGAUCAACAACAACUGCAGGAUCGACUUCAUUAUCAGAAAGUUGGAGGAGUGGCUGCCAAAUGAGUUGAGAGAAGUGAAGAAAGAUCCGGUUUUCAGUCAGAUUUUUAAGCUGCAUGAGAAUGGUCUUGGGUUUUCCGCAAGAGUGAUACACAGCUUCUUGUGUAGGGAGCUGGUGACUUACAAACAGCACGAGCUCUGGUUUGUCUUUGCGAGGAGAGCACUUCGGUUUUCACUGCAAGAGUUCCACGCAGUAACCGGGCUUCAGUGCGAUACUAGUAUCUCGCUUCAGGAGUUCAGUGACUGGGAUGAUGAUGAUGGGUUCUGGAGCAGGGUAUUGAAGAAGAAAGAGGGGAUUACAAUCUACAAUCUGUGGAUUAAGCACAAGAAUGCGGUGAAGAAGUGGCGUAAUGUAGAUCGCAUCAGAUUGGUCUACCUUUGCAUCAUUAUGUAUGUGGUUUUAGCGAGAGAUGAGAAGGCUAAUAUCCCCCUCAAAUACAUCAAGGUGGUCAUGGAUCUUGAGAAGCUUCGUAGGUAUCCUUGGGGAGUUGCUGCUUAUGAUUUCCUCUGCGAGUCAGUAGUAAAAACGCGUGACUUCCUAUCUGAGAAGACUACUAGUUACGUCUUCGAUGGCUUCUCCUACGCCUUGCAAAUUUGGGCAAUGGAAGCUGUACCAAAGAUUGGAAAGCUCUGUGGUAAAAAGCUGGUCAAGGGUUUUAAGGAUGGUCCUAGAUGCGUUAACUGGAUGGGAGCUGCGAAGGUGUCAUAUGACGAGAUCAUUCACUUGGAGAGCAUCUUCACAAAUGAGGAUGUCACUUUUCCAUACAUCUCAUGGGCAGGGAAUAUGGAUGUUAUCGAGGAUGACCAAUUUCGCAGAGCUGGUGAUGUGAGGGAUGAUAGAAUCAUCGUUCUGAAGGAGAUGAUAAGUAAGAAGUAUGACUUCAGUGAGCACAUCUGGGAGUACGAAAACACUCUGGAGAUUUCUUUAGAUCUUAAUGACGAAGCUGUGAAUGGUGAAGGAAAUGGGAAUGAGAGUGAUGAAGACUUUCAGACUCCAAGAGGAUCAACGACUGAUGUGUCGUCUAGAAAGGGAAAGAAGAGGCUUCCGGAUCGUGGUAUGGAGAAAAGGAAGCAUAAGGUUCUCUCUAGUGGACCAAAGCAAGCACCUUUUAGUGAAGACAUGAAAGCUUUUAUGACCCAGUUGUUUGAGGCGAAUUUGUCUGGAAUGGAGCAGAGGCUACAGAAACAGAUGGAUGAGAAAUUUGAGCAGAUGAAGGCAGAGCUUAGAGAUUCACGUAAGGAAGCAACAGUUGAAGUUGAGCUUGGAGACCUAUCACCGAGGAAGCCAUCAACGAGCAAGCCAUCACCGAGGAAGCCAUCAACUUCACAGUCAUCGUUGAGGAGGUCCAAACGCGGGGUAAAGAAAAACUAGUCUGCCACACUCUCUAAAAUGUUAAUCUUGGCUUGUUUGGUUUACCUGUCUCUUGUGCUAGUUUCAUCUACGGUAUCGGCCAGGAAGUAGAUGUAAUGCUUGUGUUUGUUAGUGUCUUGUUUUCAUCUGCGGUAUCUACUUGGUUGGUUUGUUAGUGUCUUGUUUUCACAACUAUGUAAGAUAUUAAUGUAAUGCUUGUGUGUUG